CUCUCCUUUCACCAACCCGAGCAAGCAAGCAAAGCCAAUUGAUUGAGUUGAAGCAAAGUUACAGAGCGUGCCCGCAAGAAAGCAUCGGCCACCGGAGCAGCUGCAGGAAUCAUCCCCGUCUCCAACCAAUCAAGCAUGGAGAAGGUGUUAGCCUUCUCCAUCCUGAGCGCGUCGCCGGCCGACAUCGCCGCCGGCGCCGGCGCCGGGGCCAGCUGGGCUCGGUUCUCCUGGCAGGGGAGGAAGCUGCAGGACGACGGCCAGGCCAGAGCAGGGCAAGAGGGGAAGCAGGGCGGUCCACCGUCGGAGGCGGAGCAGCAGCCGGACAAGGGGAGAUCGCCGACGUUGCGGCCGCGGUUCGCGCCGGAGUUCGACGGGAUCGACUGCUUCGAGACCAUCGUGUGCCACUGAUCAGCGAGUGAAUCACGAGCUGCUCUGCUCGUGGUCCAGCCGCGCGUGUGUGCGAGACUAAUUAUUUCUUCGUCUGAUCACCGUAUGAUCGGCGUGUUCAUUUGUUGUUCACUUGUGCUUCUGACUGAAGCCGCGUGUUGUACAGAAUACAGAGCUAUAAAGAAACCCAUUUCGCCGUGAUUA